AUGGGGCCGCCCGAAGGAACAACGACGUCAACGCCACAGGUCCUGUCCAAGACGUGCCAGAACUGCUUCCAUCUGAAGAUCCGCUGCGUGAAGCACCCGCAACGUGACGCGUGCGACAGAUGCAUCCGCCUGAACAAACACUGCGUGUUCCGGCCCGCGCGGCGCCGGCGCAACUCCGCAAAGCGGGACGUGCGAAUCGAGGUGCUCGAGGCGCAAGUGCAGCAGCUCCUGCAGAGCCAGCAGCAGCAGCAGCAGCAGCCGAGCACAGAGGAGGCGCAGGCAGCUCGGCCCGCGCCGAACCAGCUGGUGACGGACAGUACGGCCGGCGAUGUCGUUGAUUCCGGCAUCAUUAGCCCAGCCUCUGCGGAGCGGCUGCUCCGGAUCUACAGGGCCGCGUUGACGCCACACUUCCCGUUUGUGGUCGUUCCUCCGGACACGGCGGCCGAGCAGCUGCGGCGUGUAAAGCCGUUCCUGUUCCUGGCGAUCAUGACGGCCGCGCUUUUCGACGACAUGCCUACGCAGCGGAGGCUGGGUGAGAUGGUCAAGAAGGCUGUGAAUGAACGCAUUCUUUCUGACAGCACAUUGACGCUGGACAUGCUUCAAGGGCUGUUGGUGUUUCUCGCAUGGAGCCAGUAUCACCCCAGACCCCGGCGUUAUACGCAAUACAUGCAGCUUGCGAUCUCCAUUGUCAUAGACUCCAGGCUCGAUCGAAAGCCAGUCAGUCUGUGGAAGACUCGGUUCGGCAGCAGCCGGGACCCGCCUACGGCGCCGAAUUCGCUAGGAUCGGACGAGCAACGAGCAUUUUUAGGGUGUUUUUAUCUUGCCUCGAGUGUUUCUAAGCUUCUGCAUAAACACAAUCCACUCCCUUACUCCAAAUACAUGGAAGACUGCUGUCUUUCUCUCCGCGAGCGGGAUGAAUAUCCAGCCGACACGUACCUCCACGACCUCGUCCGCCUUCAACACAUCAUCGAGAGGACCGAGGGGCUUUCCUCGCUAGAGAGCGAACCGCACGAAGCCAAAGCUCUAAUAAGCAACUUGCGAUCCGAGCUGGAGACGUUCCGAGCGCGAAUAGCGUCCAGCGUGGGCGGCAGCACACUGCUCCUAACAAGCUUCUACACGGCCGAAGUCUUCCUCUGCCAAGAAGCCUUCUUCACGCCCACACUCCCCCUCCCCCCGCCCCAAAAGCAAGACCUCCUCUGCGCAGGCCUCUUGGCCGCGCACUCCUUCCUGGCCUUCUACUUCUCGCUGCCCGCGGGCGCCGAAGUCUGCUUCAACAACAGCGAAUGGAUCCAAGUCAGCUACGUCGUAACCCUCGCGUCGCGGUUCGCCAUCGCCUCGACCGACAAAUCCGCUGCAGCCAGCCACCGAGCAAGUGAGCUGCGCCACGCGCUCGACCUGCCGCGCGUGCUGCAACGCCUGCAAGAGCGCAUCGGGUCGCUCGUGACGGCGCAGGUGGACGACGCCGGCGAGCGCGACAUCUUCUUCUAUUACCAGCAGCGCGGGCGGCGCAUCCAGGCGUGGUUUGAGCGGAGUUUUGCGCCUGCGGAAACAGAAGAAGAAGGAGGAGGAGAAGAAGAAGCAGCAGCAGCAGCGCAGACGGAAGCACCGCCCCCAACGUACGCGCCGCAGGCAGCAGCAGCCGCGCAGAGCACUAUACCGCCAUUGCCUGCAUACGCUCACUCGCUAAACGGCCUCUUCACCACGACGAACAACGACAGCUCAGCCGGCAGCGCGAUGCCGCUCGACGGCUUCGACGCGGGCACGGCGGGACCCUGGCAGGGCUUGCUGCCCGGGGAGCAGUAUGGCGGCAGGAUGGCGGACGUGUUUCCAGACGCGGCGGAGGAUUUUAUGUUUUCGGAUUGGUGGCCGUGGAUGCAUCCGUAG